AUGGACGAUCAAGCCCGGAUCAUGCAGUCGAUCGGCGGCGUCAGUCUGGCCGGCCACUCGGUACAAGGGGGCAUGGCCCUUCCGCCUCCACAUGGACACGAUGGCACAGACGGGGACGGACGCAAGCAAGACAUUGGCGACAUUCUUCAUCAAAUAAUGACCAUAACCGAUCAAAGUCUGGACGAAGCGCAAGCAAAGAAACAUGGACUGAACUGUCACAGAAUGAAACCAGCACUCUUCAGCGUUCUCUGUGAAAUCAAAGAAAAGACAGGUCUCAGCAUCCGGGGUGCCCAGGAGGAGGACCCACCAGACCCGCAGCUCAUGCGUUUAGACAAUAUGCUGCUGGCAGAGGGCGUGGCGGGACCAGAAAAGGGUGGCGGAUCUGCAGCCGCCGCAGCUGCAGCCGCUGCCUCGGGCGGGGCAGCUGACAAUUCUAUUGAACAUUCCGAUUACAGAGCCAAGCUCACACAGAUCAGACAGAUCUACCACACAGAGUUGGAGAAAUAUGAACAGGCAUGUAACGAAUUCACAACCCAUGUGAUGAACCUGCUGCGGGAACAGUCUCGUACGCGGCCCAUCUCACCCAAAGAGAUAGAGCGCAUGGUGGGAAUCAUCCAUCGCAAGUUUAGCUCUAUUCAGAUGCAAUUGAAACAGAGCACAUGUGAAGCUGUCAUGAUCCUGCGCUCCAGAUUCCUUGAUGCCAGGCGGAAAAGGAGAAACUUCAGCAAGCAGGCGACAGAAAUUUUGAACGAGUACUUCUACUCACACCUCAGCAACCCUUAUCCGAGUGAGGAGGCUAAAGAAGAGCUGGCCAAGAAGUGCAGCAUCACAGUUUCCCAGGUAUCCAACUGGUUCGGCAACAAACGGAUCCGCUACAAGAAAAAUAUUGGCAAGUUUCAGGAGGAGGCCAACCUGUACGCCGCCAAGACUGCUGUAAAUGCAGCACACGCUGCAGCCGCUGCAGUGCAGAACAGCCAGGCCAACUCCCCUACUACACCGAACUCCGGUUCCUCAGGUUCUUUUAACCUCCCAAACUCUGGGGACAUGUUCUUGAGCAUGCAGAGUCUGAAUGGGGAUUCUUACCAAGGGGCACAAGUCGGAGCCAAUGUACAGUCACAGGUGGAUACCCUGCGCCAUGUUAUCAGUCAGACGGCAGGAUACAGUGAUGCUCUUGGCCGAAACCCAAUGUACAGUCCACACAGUUUAAAUACUAAUGGGGGAUGGCAAGAUGCAACAACACCAUCGUCCGUGAUAUCUCCAACAGAGGGACCCGGCAGUGUGCACUCGGAUACCUCCAAUUGA